CGUCAUUAAGGAAGGAGGUUGAGCGUGUACGUUAGCCACGAUGAAGGUGGUCAUCUGCUUAGCUUCUGUGAUACUCCUGGUUGGACUAAGUCAUCAGCAAUCUAAAAAAGAUUGCAACCUCGAGCCAGAAACGGGGUCAUGCAGGGGGUCGCUUCGUCGGUUCUACUUUCACCCUUCAUGUGAAGAGUGUGACACCUUCACCUACGGUGGUUGUGGUGGUAAUGCGAACAACUUCAAAAGCAUCGAGGAAUGUGAGAAAACCUGUUUUCCAGUCUGCAAACUUAAACCAGUAACCGGACGCUGCAGGGCGGCCUUUCGUCGGUAUUUCUACGACCCUGACAGCGAAAGGUGUAAGAAGUUCAUCUACGGUGGCUGCGGUGGCAACGCCAACAAUUUCAAGACUAAAGCCGCGUGUGAGAAAGAAUGUGUCCCAGUUUGCGAACUUAAGCCUGAAGUCGGACGCUGCAGGGGGCGGAAACGGAGGUUCUUCUACGACCCUGACACCAAAAGUGUAAGAAGUUCUUCUACGGUGGCUGCGGUGGCAACGCCAACAAAUUCAAGACUAAAGCCGCGUGUGAGAAAGAAUGUGUCCCAGUUUGCGAACUUAAACCGAAAGUCGGACGCUGCAAGGCGCGGAAACGUAGGUUCUUCUACAACUCUGAUUCCCAAAAGUGUGAGGAGUUCUUCUAUGGCGGCUGUGAUGGCAACGCCAACAACUUCAAGUCCGUCGCUGAAUGUGAGGAAACCUGCAUCCCAGUUUGCAACCUUAAACCAGAGGUCGGACGUUGCAGAGCGGCGAUCCCUCGGUUUUUCUACGACCCUGACACCGACACUUGUAAAGAGUUCACCUACGGUGGCUGUGGUGGCAACGGCAACAACUUCAAGACCAAAGCCGAGUGUGAAGACACAUGCUUCUGAUCUCAUACUUGAAUAAAGUCGUGAUAUCCCA